AUGGCGGGUCGCGAUGUUGGGUUUUCAAGUGGUUUAGAUGUGCCGUCACAUGUAUUGGUUUCUAAACAGUUGCAGGACGUGUUUUUGGCGCAGCAGGAGGCAGUUAAACGCCUCCAUGAAGUGAGCAGUAGCAAAGAAGACAGUGUGCCUUUGGACAAAUACAAUGCACUAGUUAAAGAACUUGAGGUUGAAAAAUAUGAGCACUCAAAGACAAAGAGCAAACUAAAUGAGAUAUCAGACAAACUUGAAUUUGCUCUUGGCGAGAUAGAAGUAUUAACAAAGCAAAUAGAGAGAGAGAAGGCACAGUUUCAAAAAACGUUUGGACUUCUAAAGAAUCAAGCAAUGAAAGAGACUAGUAAAAAGAUGGAACUAGAGACAAAAUUUUCAGAGAUGGAAAAGCAAAAGGAGAAGCAAGACGAUGAUUUGCAAACAAAAAAACAAGAAGUCCAGCAAUUAGCCCAAAAAUUGAAAGAUGAACAAAUCAAACAUCAAAAACAGUUGGUAGAGCUAACCUUGCAACAGCAGCAAGAGCAGUAUAUUGCUAAUUUGAUAAAAGAGGAUGAUCUAAAGAAAAGAAAACGACAAGUUAUGCUCAAGAAUACUUGAGACUUUCUUUCAGAUGUACAUAAUAUUAUAUAUUGCAACAAAUUUAUACAAAUGAUUUUAGAGUCAAACUAAAUAAGCUGUUUUGCUUUAUUUAUUAAACAUGUUUUUAUUAAUAUAUUUUAAUAAAGAUUGAAAAA